UGUAUUAAACGCGCGAAUAAAUUUUUAUGUCGUCACGUUAGAUUACGUUAUUUAGAUUGUAAUAAUUGAGUAAUCGGCACGAGGGUUAGGGGGGGGGGAAGAGUAAUUACGAUAAUGCUACAGCAUCACGAUCGAGAGAUCAACCGGCGUUACCAGAAUAUUCCACGCGAAACAAAAUAAUAAAACACAUGAUUUAUAUAAGUAUAUAUGUUACUACACAAACAGUUUAUUAGUUAUAUUAUUUUUCCCCCACUAUCAUCUGAUUUAAUUCCUUUUUACUCCUUGAUCUGUGACGCGGACCGGCAUUCAUAUCGUUGAACGUGAUUAGAGUAAGCUGGUUAACAACAUGACUGACUAUAAAUUAGGUAAAUUGAUCAUCGAAGGUAAGACCAAAAAGGUCUAUGAGAUUUUAAAUGAGCCAAUGUUAUGUUACAUUCAAAGUAAAGAUCGAAUUACGGCUGGAGAUGGUGUUAAGGCUCAUAAUUUAGAAGGUAAAGGCGUUAUUAGUACAGUUACAACGGCUAAAGUAUUUCAAUUAUUAAAUGAAGCCGGUAUCAAAACAUCCUUUGUCAAGCUUGACAGUAGUAAAAAUGCUUUUAUAGCACAUAAAUGUGAAAUGGUACCCAUUGAAUGGGUCACAAGAAGAUUAGCCACCGGUAGUUUUUUGAAAAGACAUCCAGGUGUAGAAGAGGGAUACAGAUUUAAUCCACCAUUGCAAGAAACAUUUUAUAAGGACGAUGCCAAUCAUGAUCCUCAAUGGUCGGAAGAACAAAUUAUUUCUGCUAAUUUCACCUUAAAUGGAAUUACCAUUGGCAAAGACGAGGUUGAUAUUAUGCAACGCAUUACAUUGACUGUUUUUGAAAUCCUAGAAAGAACUUGGGCAACACGAGAUUGCUCUCUUAUAGAUAUGAAAAUAGAGUUUGGCAUAGAUAUGUCUGGUAAUAUCGUUGUUUCUGAUGUUAUUGACAGUGAUUCCUGGAGAUUAUGGCCAUCUGGUGAUAAGCGAUUGAUGAAAGAUAAACAAGUAUACAGAAAUUUAUCUCAUGUCACUAAAGCUGAUUUGGAUUUAAUUAAAUGUAAUUUCGAAUGGGUAGCAGCUCAACUGGAUCAUCUCAUUUUAUCUCCGAUAUCAUUGGUUGUUAUUUUAAUGGGUUCUCCAUCGGACAAAGAACAUUGCGAGAAAAUAGCUUACUAUGCGAAGAAACUAGGUUUAAUAGUGGAACUUAGAGUUUGCAGUGCACACAAAAGUACUCUGGAAACUCUGCGUGUUCUUGCUGAAUAUGAAGGUAGCGGGAGAAAGGUGGUGUUUAUUGCUGUAGCAGGGAGAAGUAAUGGAUUAGGUCCAGUAUUGUCUGGAAAUACUACUUUUCCAGUCAUUAAUUGUCCUCCUUUUAAACCAGAGAAUAUCUCGCAAGAUAUAUGGUCAUCCAUAAAUGUACCUUCAGGACUUGGUUGCACUACAGUCGCUUAUCCAGAAAGUGCUGCACUUGCUGCUGCUCAGAUACACUCACUUCAUGAUCAUAUGAUUUGGUCUAAGUUACGUGCAAAACAACUUAAUAAUUUUAUUACUUUGAAAGAAGCCGACAAGAAGCUAAAAGGUCUUUAAAUUUCUAUUAAUUAAUGAAAGUUAAAUGGAUUAAUAGAUUUUUCUGAAUUACUUCUGUGAAAGAAGAUAAAUGCAUUUAAAUGGUUUAAGAAAAGUUAAUUUCAAACAUUUCCAUUUAGAAUUGUAGUAUACAAUACUAUAAAAUCUACUCACCGAUUUUUUUAUCUAUAAAAUAUAUAUGUAUAUACAUAAUAGGAAUGUUUUUUUCUAUUAUUUCGGCAAUUUGUAUGCUAUAAAGUAUCAUUAAAUUUUAUUAAUUAUAUUUAUAUAUAUACAUAUUCAUGUUAGCACUUCUUGUAUAUACAUUAUUAUUAUUAAUCUUAUUGUUGUUA